AUGCUUACUUCGACUCAGCCUUGCCCCGGUAUCUUGGGAGGCCCCCCGCGUAUAUCAUUUACCGCGGCUCCGGCGUCUCGCCUUGUACAGCGUUCUUUUCAUGCUGCGGCAGCACCUGUGAGCGUGCCCUUGAACCACAGGAUCCCUUCAAGGUCAUGGGAUAGCCAUAUGCACGUCGUGGAACCCAAACGGUUCCCUAUCUCGCCCAAGGCUGUAUACCAGCCUACUACUCACACACUGGAGGAUGCUCUUUUCUUCGAGUCCACGCUGGGCGUAGAGAAUCUUGUCUUUGUGCAGCCCUCCAUAUAUGGAACCGACAACUCCUGCCUCCUGGCCGCCCUGGCCAAACUCGGCCCUUCUCGUGGCCGUGGAGUCGUGGUGAUUGACCCUGACACCAUUCAACAAGAAACGUUGGAUGAGUGGCAUACUCUGGGUGUCCGUGGUCUCCGAGUGAAUCUCCAGUCUGUCGGGAAAGUCAUGGACCGGACCGAGCUGACGCGGGAGUUGCUUCGACACGCCGAUGUUGCACGGCCCCGGAACUGGGUCGUUGAAGUGUACCUUCCCUUGAAGAUGGUCCCCAUGCUCGAGUCCAUCGUACCUCAUCUCGGCGUCACCGUCUGCAUCGACCACUUCGGAAGCCCCGAACUCUCUUCACUCUCGUGGGCCAGAAAAAGCGUUCCUUUCGACCCAUACACUCUCACCGGGUUCGACUCGUUGAUUUCCCUGAUUCGCCAGGGAAGUACCUACAUCAAGGUGUCUGCCCCUUACCGCCUCACAAAGGACCGACACAUGCGUGAUCUAAAGGCCAUGGCCUGCGAGUUCCUAGCUGCGGCACCGGACCGAGUCAUCUAUGCCACCGACUGGCCCCAUACUCGCUUUACCGGUGUCGAUAUCAGUCCAUUCACAGAUUGGUGCUUGGAGCUUUGCACAUGCGAGCCUGGACUGGCGGAGAAGCUGUUCCGAAGGAACACGGAGAGAAUGUUGGACGUGAAGUCUGACUGA